AAUUUUAUUAUCCUUGCAUUUAAUUAAAGAAUUUGUUGCACAACAUUUAGUUGCGAAAAUGGGAGGAGACGUUUACCAUGUAAGCGAGAAACCAAAAAGUGGCAAGAAAUGGACGAGACUGGAAUUAUUUUUGGCUUUAGUGGUCAUAGGCUUGGGAAUUUAUGUUUUUUAUUUGAGGAGUUACGGUCAAAAUGAUGAAGAAUUGACGAACAAGUGUGGAGACAUUUCUUGCUAUAAAACCGUAACAGAGCUCCAAAAAUUUAUCGAACCAUCGGUCGAUCCUUGCGAAGAUUUUCAUCAGUUUUCGUGUGGCAAGUUUCUAGAAACAGUCCACACACAAGAAAUAACUUCUCGAUUAGACCAAGAACAAACAAAAUUAGAAAACGAGUUAGAAGCCAUGAUUGUUGGGCCUAUUUUAAAUAAAAAUUCUCGACCUGUGCAAAUCCAAAAAAUGUUUUUCCAAUCUUGCCUCAAUUUGGAGGACAUUGAAGCGGACAAAAAUGGGAAAUUCUUGUCUUUGGUCAAAGAGAUUGGAGGAUGGCCUCUUGUUGAAGGCAAAAAAUGGAACGAAUCAAAUUUUGAUUGGAAAGAAGUUGCCGUCAAAUGUAGAAAGCUGGGAUUGCCGUUUGGGUGGUUUUUGGAGUUUGGCGUUUACGAAGAAGAUCGAAAUUAUCUUAAAAUUGCGUGCCCAACUCAUGUAAAUCGCACAAACAGUGUGGACAAAAUUAUUGUAAACUUGAUGGGUAAAAAAGCAAAUAUUAAAGACGUGAUCGAUUUUGAGCGGCGAUUACUGCAUAUCUCACGUCCUGAAACGCCUGAAAUAAAUCUAAGAACAAUUUCAGAACUGCAAAAAAUACAUCCGCCAGUGGAUUGGCUAGACUUCCUCAAUAACAUAACGGAAGAAAGUUACGAGUUUACGGAAGAAACUGAAAUUGCCUCUAAUAUAGAUGAUUACAUUUUAAGAUUGCACAUGCUAUUAACAUCGACUCCAAAGAGCACUCAGGCUAACUACAUCGUUUGGAAACUUCUAGAACACUUUGCGCCCUUUAUACAGAGCGGUGUCGAAAAAAAAUUAGACAGGUUCGAGUUUUGUAAGCAAACGACAAAGGAAAUGUUCCCUGACUUCUCUCCCAUCGAAUACAUCCGAAAACACCCAACUUCCAAAGCCCGAAAAUCAGUUAAAGAAAUUGCAGACUUGGUAAAAAAAGAAUUUGUGGUUCGGAUUCAAGAUGCCACGUGGUGGAAUGAAACGGAAAAGCAGGUGUAUUUGGAACUAUUUCAAAACUCUGGCUUUCUCAUAGGAAACCGGAUUGAAAAUUUUGAGGAUGAUUUUCUCGACGAUCAGUAUUUACACGUCAAAACCAUGAUUUUAGAAGAAAAUUCGGACGUUAUUGAAAUCUUAACUGCAAAAUCGCGAUCGUAUUUUAAUUCCAUUUUUGGCAAAAUAAACGAAAGUAGUUUUAUCAGAGAAGAAAGUUUUUCCGAAUUUAUGAAGGUUGACAUAUUCUUUGACAAAAAUUUGAACAAAAUGGUUUUGCCACCUCCUGCACUUCAUGGGUUGCUUUUUGACCACUCCCGCCCCCAAUUCAUCAAUUUUGCGAGUCUUGGCGAUUCUUUGGCAAAAGAAUAUGUGAAUACACUUCGUAUUCUGACUCACAACUCGUCCGAUGUGGUGUUCCAAACCAGCGACAAGUGCCUGGAAGCCGACUAUUUAAGUUUGGGUGGAAAAAACGAAUUUCCGUCGGAGCUAAUUUCUGAUAUUUUGGGCCGCGAUAUAUCUUACAAAGCUUAUCAAAAAUGGAUCGCGACCCACGUCGACGAAUCCCAACUACCACUCUUACCCUACACACCAAACCAGUUGUUUUGGAUCAAGUCGAGUUUAAUUAACUGCCAACUAAUCGAUUCGACUUUAAACCAUCUCUCGAUCAGACAUUCGCGUCAUUUCGGCAAAGAUUUUUCAUGCGAUAGCAGCCCGAUGAAUCCUCGAGAAAAAUGUUAAAAUGCUUAAUUAAUGCUGACCUUCUAAUAAAACCUAAUAAAAGUA